CCACCUUCAAUGAAAUUUUUGGCGUGGCCGGAGUAUAAAAGAUUUCGAAUUCUGCAACGAAGACAUAGUCAGGAACCACCCAGUCCAGAUUAAACAGUUCAAUCAUGUUCACCAAGAUCGCAAUCGUCGCUUGUUUUUUGGCUACUGCCAAAGCUGGUUUCAUUGAGCAACCACAGGCAUAUUAUCAGCCGACAGCGCUGACCUCGACCCAGGACAACAUUUUACGAAGCCCAGGAAACCUGGCACAGAUCUCGACCCAGAGCAAAUUCAUCCAGACUCCCUUCUCCAGCAGCAGCAAAUAUCAGACCCAAGUGUCAAACCCAUCUGUUGUCGCACAUACUGCCCCCGUCUACGCUCAGACUUACGCGGCUGCCCCAAUUGUAAAAAGUCUGCAACCAGCUGUUUACGCAGCUCCUCAAUUCGCCCAAACCUACGCUGCUGCCCCAGUUGCCCAUGCUGCCCCAAUUGCCCAAGUCGGUCUUCUGGGCGUUAAAUACUCUCCAGCCGUCGCUGUCUCUCACAUGACCUACCAAAGCCCCUUCGGAGUCUACUCCUACUAA